CUGGUCACUCUACGGAUUUAUUGCAUUGAAUAUUGUUUGUUAUUAAACUGACGAUUUUAUGAAAAUUAGGCUUCCAACGCGUUGGGAUUGCGUUCUUCCGUCAUAAAACAUAAAUCCAAACACUCCAGUACUCGAAGAAACCCAGCAGCAGCAUGUCGGAUUCAGAGAAAGUUGUGCAGUCUGAGGAACAGCCCAAUGUGGAGCCCAGGGAAACCAUUUGGUAUACUAUAGAACAGCUUGUAAAGAUGAUUGUGUGUCCAGGUUGUGGAAUAUCAAUGGUAUCGUUCAAAAACCGUUUUGCCCACGUCAAGAAGUGCUUCAGCAUCAAAAGACGAGGUCCUUUAUACAGAAUUCAUGGGUAUGUUGAGUGCAAGUGCGGCUUACUCAUAGCGGACUCAGCAAAAGCAAAGAAACUGCAUAUUUGUUUUGGUAAAUUUCGACCAUGCAAACCGUUCUUACCCCUAGAGCCAGAAAAGCCUCCGGUUGAUCCGUCGCCUCCUGAAAAAAUACGUUCCCCGUCCAAGGAAAGCCAGCCUGGGAAUACUUCAGAACAAGCUGCUUUGCAGCCCAGGAGUAAAACGUGGAUUCGCAAUUUCAUUUCCCCUAUCAAGCAAAGGGAAGUCCCAUUCCUGGACAUUUCCGGUUUAAGUGAGCCUGAACCCAGUCCGGCGUUAAAACCGCGUGUGCGUAAUUUCGACAAACCUUUCCGAAUGUCUGCUCCCAAGGAUAUCUGUGUUUAUUCUAUAAUUCGAAGAAAUGGAGCUAUCUCAGUGACUGGCAGAUCUAUCCUGAAGCAGCGGGGAGCUAACGAAAACAUUGUCUUAAUUAAAAGGCGAAAACUGCGACUGCCUACAGUUGCAGCAGCUGAAAAGUCAUGACAUUUACUUCAAACAAAUGUAGAUCUUAAUUAUUAAUUACAGAAAACGUAAGCAAUUACUUUAUUAUUAAAUGUAUAUUUAGUAACUUAAUGUAAGUGGAACGUUUUCCUAUUAAAAACUUCUGCUUAACUUAAAUAAAAGAAUUGUGAAUAGUA